GAUGAGGAAGUGUCAAGGGAGUCCUCUGAACUGGAGCAGCAGCGAGAAGGGUUACUAAGAGAGCUAGAGGAGGCCGAGCAAGAGGGUAGGAAGAUCAAGAGCCGACUAGAUGCUCGGAUAGGAGAGUUAAUACCAUCAACGGAUGAGGACACCUGA